CCCCUUCCUCCUCUUCCUCUCACCCCACACAGAGAAUGGCACCAUCCGCCGAGCGCGCGAGUAUCGAGAAGAGAUUGGAGGAGGGCGCGAUCGCGCGCGAGAAAGAGAUCAGGGAGGCGGAGGACCCGGAUGCAGAGUUCGGCGGCACGGAGAGGCGUAAGAAGAUAGAGCGCAAGCUGCUUUUGAAGAUCGACCUGCGGAUGUCGAUCUUCAUUGUCAUCUACAUUCUGAACUAUGUCGACCGCAAUAAUGCUGGAGCGGCGCGCCUGAAGGGCUUUGAGGAAGGCUUGAACUUACAUGGCCAGGAGUUCGCGACGCUACUGUCCAUCCUCUAUGUGGGAUACAUCAUCAUGCAGAUACCAUCGAAUAUGUUCUUGAAUUGGAUCGGCAAGCCUUCACUCUACCUCCCCGCCUGCAUGAUCUUGUGGGGGAUGAUCAGCACGCUCACGGGGAUUUGCAACAACUUCGUUGGCGCACUGCUCACGCGGUUCUUCCUUGGCUUCGUCGAAGCCGCAUUCUUCCCUGGCGCACUCUUCGUUGUUUCCAAAUGGUACAAGAAGAAUGAGAUAGGCUUGCGAAUGGCCCUGCUGUACUGUGGCAGCAUCAUCUCCAACGCCUUUGGUGCGCUCAUGGCCUCCGGAAUCCUCUCUGGCAUGGACGGCGCCCUAGGACACGCCGCUUGGAGAUGGCUCUUCUACAUCGAAGGCGCCCUGACCAUGGCCGUCGCCGUCCUCGCCAUCUUCAUCCUUCCGGACUUCCCCUCCACCACGCGCUGGCUCACGCCCGAGGAGCGGGCGCUUGCCCUUCGCCGCAUGGCCGAGGACGUCGGCGUCGGCGACCAGGACGAGACGGAGGCGCACGGGCCGCUGCACGGGCUGUGGCUCGCGAUCGCGGACUGGCGCGUGUGGUAUAUGGCGGUGGGGCUGACGGCGCAGGUCAUCGCGCUGUCGUUCAAUGCGUAUUUUCCGACGCUGACGAGGACGCUGGGGUAUAACGAUACGAUCUCGCUGCUGCUUUGCGCGCCGCCGUUUAUAUUUGCAGCGAUCAUGGCCUUCGUGGUAUCAAGACACUCCGACAAAACCCAAGAACGCACCCUCCACAUCGCCAUCCCCUACCUCUUCGGCAUCAUCGGCUUCAUCAUCGCCAUCGCCACCCAGAACACCGCCGCGCGCUACGUCUCGCUCUUCCUCAUGGCGCAGUCGUACGCCGGCUACGUCUGCGCCCUCGCGUGGAUCCCGAACACGAUCCCGCGCCCGCCGUCGAAAAGGGCGGUCGCGAUAGCAUUGAUUAAUGCGGUGACGCAGCUGGGGAAUAUUUCGGGGUCGUAUAUGUUUCCGAAUGCGUGGGGCCCUUCAUAUACGAACAGCUACGCUAUCUGCAUCUCGAACGCCGGCUUGGGCGUGCUCAUGACCUUCGGCCUGCGGUGGCACCUGCAGCGAGAGAACAAGAGGCUUGAGGCGGAGGAGCGCGAGCGGGGAGACGAGGUCAAGGGCUUCCGCUAUGUUUUAUGAGGGCUUUCACAAGGGCUCCUGCGACCUCUUAUGGCGAUUCCCUGCUGUCUCCCUGCCAUGUUAUAUGCGCGACGCGAGUCCGCGAGGGAAGAUGCGAAUCGAUGUUGUGCUGGAUUUAUGUAUGACAUGUGAGAUACAAUAGUAAUGUGCGUAUUACGACGAUCUAUGGAUGAAUGGUAUAGUGAACUGUACAUGUGCUCUCUGGGUAUGUGGGAUAGCGAUGCGGGUAUGGGUAGUUAGUGUACGAUACAACGAGUUGCGCUAAAUCGCAGGAGUACAAUGUGCUUCAGAAGUCCGUGACGAACGCGCGCCUAUGCGUGAGUCUCUCGCGCUUCAAGGAGGUGCUCUUUCUCAACAUCGCGAAGCCCCUCAGCACUCCACUUGCACCGACCGCACGUACGCGCUAAUCCUGCUCGCCGUCUUCUCCCACUCAAUCGGCCCCCGCGCCC